AUGCCGGCUGUGAAGCUGGAGCGAGUUGGGCGAGUUGCCAGAAUUCUGUUGAAUAUGCCAGAGAAGAUGAACGCCAUGACAUCACAGCUUGUGGACGAUUUUGGCAAGGUUCUGGACAAGAUCAGAACAGACGCUUCUGAAUAUGGUGCUGUUGUAAUCACCGGUGCCGGCAACUCGUUCUCAGCCGGUGGUGACCUCGCAUGGUUGAAGCUGCGCGGCAAAGACACACCCUCCAGAAAUUCGCAGAUCAUGCAUGACUUCUACCACCGAUUUUUAGCCAUUCGAUCCCUGCCUUUGCCGGUCGUGGCUGCAAUCAAUGGACCCGCUGUUGGGGCUGGCAUGUGCCUGGCGAUGGCAUGUGACAUCCGCAUUGCCUCACAAAGUGCAAAGAUGGGCUUUCCUUUUGUCUCCCUUGGACUCCAUCCGGGAAUGGGUGCGACUCAUCUCAUUCAAUCCGUCGCCGGCUUUGAAACUGCCUACAGGCUGCUUCUCACAGGAGACUUGGUGAAUGGGCUGGAAGCCAAAGAGCUUCGCCUGGUGUCGCAAGUGGCAGCUGAUGGGCCGACAGCCCAAGCCGAAGCCAUGGAGCUCGCCGGGCGCAUUGCCCUCCAAGCUCCCGUGGCGGUCAGGUCCCUGGUGCGCUCUCUCCGCCGCAAGCAAGAGGAGGGACUCGAGGCCGCCCUUUGGCGCGAGGCGGAUGCCCAAGCACACUGCUACGCAACCCAUGACCUCUCGGAGGGUCUCAAGGCGUCCCUCGAGCGCCGCCCACCGCGCUUUGAGCUCAACGAGAGCUAUGCGGACGUGGAUCCACCCCCGAAGCCCAAGAGAGAUGCGCUCAGCCAGCUUCUUGCAGAGGCACAGGCGAAGCAGGCGGCCAAAGAUGAUGCCGCUGCCAGGAAGCGAGAGCGAAGGAAGCGGAAUCGUCAAAAGGCGGAAACCGCUGAGACCCAUGCGGUUGCGCAAAUUGACUCCGCCACACUUGCAAAGGCGACCAAAACAAGUAGUCCGGAGGCCACGAUGAACGCCGCAAGUCAGGGCAGUGCUUGGACAAAGAGCGCCGGCGGAAGCCGCAAGGCUGUGAUGCCGCCCAAGGCGCCGAAUGUUGGUAGCCUGCGGACUGAGAAAGGGCUUGCGGAGCUCAAUGAGCUGCUUUCAUCCAGGUCCUAUGUUGGCGGCACCAUAGUUGCUACAGCAGAGGACAUGACGUUUUUUGCCCAAGUUCCUUCUCGGCCAGAUCGACAGAAGUACCCCCACCUGCUGAGAUGGUACAACCAUAUCGCGGGAUUGCGAGCCCGUCAUGCUCCAUACCACGUUUGGCCAGGGCAGACGAAGACCUCGCAGGACAGCGAACCAGCAGGGCAAGAGACAAAGAAGGGGCCGCGCGCACCCGGCAAAGAGAAGCAGGUUCUGCCCUUCGACUGUAAGGUCGAGGCUGUCGAGGAUCGGCGCCAGGUCCAGGGAGACGAUUCGGUGAAACGAGGGGCAGGAGGCACCUGCUUUCCCUCCGCUGAAAAGGGUCCCUACGGCCGGUACUACAUCACGACCGCCAUUAACUAUUGCAACGGCUGGCCACACAUAGGUCAUGCCUAUGAGGCGCUCACCUCAGACGUUUUUGCCAGGUACCAUCGACUGCUCGGGCAGGAUGUGUUCUUCAUGACAGGUGCUGAUGAGCACGGGCAGAAGAUUGCGCAAGCUGCAGAGAACGAGGGCCUCCAGCCCCAAGAGAUCUGCGACCGCUACUGCAUUGGCUUCAGGGCGCUAAACCAGCGCUUAAAUGUGUCAAAUGAUUUCUACGUUCGCACGACUGCCGACCGCCACAAAGUUGUUGCAAGGUCAGUCUGGGAUAUUUGCAAGAAGAAGGGGGACAUCUACCUCGACCGCUACGAGGGUUGGUACAUGGUCCGGGAGGAGCGGUUCAUCACGGACCAGGAGGCACAGGAGUUCAAUUUCAAGGACCCCACCUCCGGAGCACCCUUGAAGAAGAUGUCUGAGCCCAGCUUCUUCUUCCGCCUCUCGAAGUACCAAGAGAAGGUGAUCAAGCUGAUCGAGGAGCAGCCGGAGUUCAUUCAACCAGCUCAGUACAGAGGAGAGAUCCUGGAGCGGCUGAAAUCCAUCGAGAUCCUCAUCGUGGGAGCCGGCGUGACAGGCUCCAUGCUGGCCUUGCUCGCAAAGGACAUGGGCCUCUCCGUGCGCGUGCUGGAGAAAUCGCGUGGUGCUGGCGGCCGGAUGGCGACCUACGGCUACCGUCAUGGUGAUCGGUCUUCUCCGUUGCUUGCGCAAGCAGAUCUUGGGGCACAGUACAUUACAACCAGAAGCUCGCCAGACCAUCCAGUUCUGGGUCCGCUCUACAAGCGCCUUCUGGAUGCCGGUGUCCUGAAGCCUUUCACCGCUGAGAUUGCAGGUCCAAAUCCGUAUGGAGCUGCAAGUUCAGAUGUGCGCCACUUUACAGCUCCGAACGGAUUGAAAUCCGUCUCGCAGUAUCUGCUGGAGUCAUCAGGUGUGCCCGUAGAUUGGGGAGUAGCGGUGGACGACUUGACAUUGUCAGAGGCCGGGGACGUCUCCGUGUCAGUCAAGGAGGGGUCGCUGCCUGCAGACGCUGCGACAGCCAGCGUUGUGGUGUUGACACAGCCCCCCCCACAAGUCUUGGGGGCCAGCAAGUUUGGAAUGCGCGGCAGCUUUCUGCAGCACACACCAGAGACGGUCUCGACAAGCCUCAAGAAGGUGGAGUACUCCUCGCGGUUUGCCGUGGCAUACUUCUUCGACAAGUCUAAGGUCACUUGGCCUUUCACCUGGACUUGCCAGUACUUUGACAAAGGCGACGUUCGCUACGUGGCGCAUGAUUCAGCAAAACGACACUCGACACACGAGACAAUGAUCUCGGUGCUGGUGCACAGCGGGGUUCCCCUGGGCAUCGAGCUUCAGGAUGAGGAGGAGGGCACUGACCCCUUCCCAACGGCCGCUGCGCGGCUGCAGCGCGACCUCGAGGCGAAGCUGCCUGAGCUGCCUUGGGCUGGAGCAGAGGGAUCGAAGGUCCACAAGUGGAAGUACAGCCAGGUCUACAAAGGCUUUGGUGGUGCAAGGCUUGCACCUGACUGGGCCUGGAAUGUGGAGGAAGCCAAGGAGGCAGCGCCUGGCUGCGUCCCCCUCUUCCGGACAGACAAGUCCCUCGGCCUUCUUUGCGGAGAUGCCAUGGCUCCUGCGGGCAAUUUCGAGGGAUGCGUUUACAGCGCACACAAAGCCGCAGAAGCCUUGCGAGCGCACUUCUGCAAGAGCGUGCCGAGCCUGCAAUCAGCUGUGCAAGUAGACUUCCACCCUUCCAGCACAGGGUCGCCGGACGUGACCGGAACCAUGAGCAUAGCGGCUUGCGACAGCAAAGAGUGCUUCGGCUUCCUCUCCUCGGAGGACGGGAUCGAUCCCAAGAAGCCGCUGAGCAGAUUCUGGCCUGCCAACAUGCACAUCGUCGGCAAGGCUGACUUGACACGGAACUUGGGACCUUUCUCCCCAGAUCAUUUAGCACAGGAUAUCCAUUGGUUUCACACGGUUAUCUGGCCAGCGAUGCUCAUGAGCGCAGGAAUUCCACUGCCUAAAAGCGUGGUGGUGCACGGUUUCAUUGCUGGCGCUGAUGGCCGCAAGAUGUCCAAAAGUCUGGGGAACGUCGUGGACCCGCAUGACAUGCUGGACAAGUUUCCCUGUGACACCCUGCGAUGGUACUUCUGCCGUGAGGCGGCCUUCGGGGACGAUGUCAGGUUCAGUGAGGACUCCCUCCGCCUGAUGCACAACGCCGAACUCUGCGACAACCUGGGAAACUUGGUGAAUCGUGCGGUGAACCUCAGCGGCGGCUCCGUGCCCCGCUGUGACGUCGAGGUGUCCCUUCCUUUCGACCUCAAAGAGCUGAAAGCCUCGGUCUCCGAGGCCUUCGAAGCCUACCGGCUUUCGGACGCGGCCGACCUCACUGUCCGGGCGGCAGCGGCGACGAACAAGUGGAUCGCGGACCUCGAGCCCUGGAAGAUGAAGGCAGAGGAUCAGCAGGCGCGCCGGAGUGCAUGCCUCCGCAAGCUGCUGGAGGCGGUCUACGCUUUGGCCCACUUCUUCGCACCCUUCAUCCCUGUGGCUGCAGAGGCGAUCUUCGGGAAAGUUGGCCAGCCGCCAAGGCCCAUCCCCGACUUGCGCGAUGACUUUGCCAACCUCGAGGAUGGCAAGGAGGUCAAGGCCACCUCCUUGCUCUUCAGCCAGCUGGAGGUGAAGAAGGUGGACGUGGACGCCGCGACGGAAAAAAAGGCUGAAGCAAAAGCCAAAGCCGACUCGAAAAAGAAGUAA